AUGUGGGACCUGGAGAAAAGGGAAAGCAAAAAGGAUGAUCCAGAAGUACCAACGAUGACCAUCACAAAAGAACUUCAGGAUCAACAUGCCAUUCUAAUGUUCACGGAUGCAGCAAUGGACAAAAAGAGAAGUAGAGGGGGACUGGGCAUCGCAGCAAAGGACCAUAAUGGAAAACUUGUUAAAACUUGGGCAAUCCCUACUGGAAUGAUGAAGGAUGCUGCCAUACUAGAAGCUGAAGCAAUCAGAUCAGCCAUGCCCAAAGCUCUAGAAGAAGGGUGGACAUCUCUACUCAUACAUUCAGAUUGUAAGUGUCUAGUGGAUAGAAUUAAUCACAGAUGUUUUGGGUUAUCUCUAUUAGAUGUGUUGGUAGAUGAUAUCAUACAUCUUAGUCGAUCCUUUUGGCGAUGUUCCUUCAUAUUUAUUGGAAGGAAAUAUAAUCGCACUAGUCAUGGUUUGGCAAAAUUUGCCAUUAACCUAAUUGAUGAAACAAGGUGGGAGCUUGACUUCCCUGUGUGGCUUAGGAUUGAAGCCCACAAAGAUGUCCUGGCCAUGUGCCAGUAG